ACUAGAAAUAAAAGAAAAAGCCAGACAAACCAACACCAUUCCGAAAAAGACUCUAGUUGUCAUUUGCAGCAGAAAAUUACUACUAGUGUUGUUGGAACCCUAAAUUUGUUACUGAGUUUCCAGAAGCGGAAAGCAGUGGGAGCAGAAUGGGGCGAGUUGAGCUAAGCGGGCAUGGAGCCUGAGACCAAUUCUCACUCUUCUCUAUGGGAAAGACUGAAGGAGAGCAGGGUUUGGUUUCCAGUGACCCCUCAUCCCAAAAUGCAGAGACUCACUACUGUCCUUGCUGGUAUGAUAGGAGGAUUCGGACGCUAAUUGGCCUCAGAUGCAUUUUGGUUCUCUUUCUCUCUCUUGCUUUGUUCCUCUCUGCAAUCUUCUGGUUGCCUCCAUUUCUUCAGUUUGCGGAUCAGGGCGAUCUGGAUCUUGAUCCAAAGUUCAGAGAUCAUUCUAUAGUAGCAAGUUUCAAUCUUAGGAAGCCGGUUUCUUUGCUGGAGGAUAAUGUCUUGCAGCUUGAAGAUAACAUUUUUGAUGAGAUAGUUGCUCCGUCAACUAAAGUGGUUAUCCUAUCUCUGGAAUCCUUAGCUGGAUCAAAUGUAACAAGAGUCGUAUUUGGGGUUGAUCCUGACCCAAAAUCAUCAAAGUUAUUGCCAACUUCUCAAAGUUUGAUCAAAGAAAGUUUUGAAUAUCUGGUCACACACCAAUCACUGAGCCUAAAUACAUCCUUGUUUGGGAACACAUCCUUUUUCGAGGUGCUAAAAUUUCCAGAUGGAAUUACCAUAAUUCCACCACAGAAAGCGUUUCUUCUGCAGAAAGUGCAAAUCCUUUUCAAUUUCACCUUAAACUUCUCUAUCUAUCAAAUACAACUAAAUUUCAAUGAACUGGAAAGCCAGCUGAAGUCUGGGUUACAUCUAGCACCCUAUGAGAACCUUUAUGUUAGCUUGUCAAAUUCAAAAGGUUCAACAGUGGCAGCCCCUACUACUGUUCAGUCAUCUGUUCUAUUGACAAUUGGCAAUACUCCUUCAAUGCAAAGAUUAAAACAACUGGCUCAAACCAUCACACAUUCUCAUUCGAGAAACCUGGGCCUGAAUAAUACGGUAUUUGGUAGAGUCAAGCAAGUUCGUCUUUCAUCUAUUUUGCAACAUUCCCUCAAUGGUGGAGAUGGCACUGCGUGGUCACCUUCUCCUACUCCAUUGCCUCAUCCCCACCCCCACCAUCACCAUCACCAUCACCACCACCACCACCACAAUUCCCAGCUUGCUCCUGCAAUUCCACCUGCACCUGCAACUGGCAGUGGUCCACCCGCAACGUUCAAAGGUGCACCUGGACCAGCUGAUCAUUCACCUGAGCCACAGAAAAGUUUGCCUGCACCUGAGAAAAGUUGUGAAGCAAAGCCUCCCAGCGUUUGGUCUGGUCGUAGAGGGAAGGCUGGAAAGCAGUCUCGUUUAUCCCCUGCCGGCGCACCAGAUGUUUCUCCUCCCGUCUUUGGUACCUCACCCCAAAAGCAAGUACACCCAUCAGCACCCGUUUCUCGUUCAGUACCAGCAUCUAGUCCGUUGCCUCAUGUAGUUUUUGCUCAUGUUCUUCCGCCAUCAAAGAGUGAAUCAGAUAGUAGCCAUUCUUACACAGGGCAAUCACCUGGACCAUCGCUGUCAACAUCAGCUUCUGCAGCUCUUCUACCUUGUGUUCAAUGGGCAUUAUCACUAUUCCUAGCUUUGGUGUUACUUUUAUAACAACAGAGGAUAAACUUGGCAUUUCCAGUGAAACCACUUCUCUGGUAGUCAAAGAAGGACUUGAAUUAGCUGGCCUGCUGGAGGAGUUGUGUAAUGAUGAGCUACGCAAAGAGCGUGGUUCACACGUGAGUGAGUGGAUAUAUGUUGUUCCUAUGCGUGUAAAUAGUUGAUUAAAAAAUCCAGCUGGCAGAUGCAUAUUCAGGUCAAAGUCACAGAGGUGUCAGGCCUUUGAAUUAGAUGCAGCAUUGCCACUGUUUUGUGUAUUCUCUUCUUCACAAAUGUAAGAGAGGUAACCAGCAAAUGUAUUACCGUACCCUUUUGAUUCCGAAUCCCUCUGUACGCCUUUCAAAUUAAUUUAGUCACGAGAAAUUCCCAAUUC